AUGGUGGGCGACACCUACAACGACGAGCUAUGGUAUGCUAACUUCAGAGUUACGAAAGAAACGUGUACAUUUAUUCUCAGAAAGAUUGAGCCCGAAAUACCUUAUGAAAAUACACAUCUUCGAGAAGCAGUUUCAGCGAAGCGACGGCUGGCAGUUACAUUAUAUUAUCUAGCAUCCACGGCUGAAUACCGCACAAUUGGCAACUUAUUCGGAGUUUCACGGUCGUUUGUGUGCCAGUGCAUUAAAGAAGUAUGUCAUGCAAUAGCAAAGCAGUUUCCAAAUCAUUAAACGCUAUCAGCUUCCCUACGGGUGAUGACCUUUUGCGAGUCAUACGAGGUUAUGAAGAGACAUGGAGCAUUCCUAUGUGUGCGGCCGCAGUAGAUGGAACUCACAUACCGAUACUGGCACCUAACAAAAAUCACACAGAUUAUGUCAACCGUAAGGGGUUUCAUAGCGUCCUUAUGCAGGCUGUGGUAGAUUGUAAUUAUAUAUUCAGGGACGUAGUUAUCGGUUGGCCAGGAAGCGUACAUGAUGCGCGGGUUUUCUCCAACUCAGCCAUUUUUGCAAAAGGAAGGGAUAACUGUCUUUUCCAGAUGACCUCAAUACGGAAAUAUGUGGGGUGGAGAUGCCACCGGUAAUUCUUGCGGACCCAGCCUAUCCGCUGUUAUCAUGGGUGUUAAAGGGCUACCCUAGGAACGAAGCAACAAGAAGUUAACGUGUUCAGUUAACUAUCGUCUGAGUCGUGCACGAAUGAUGGUAAAAACUUUGAUAGGUGAAAAGGAAGAUACAUCAGAUUCAAAAAGCGGGUGGACAUGGAUGUAAGUAUACUCUGGCACAUGUUGUACAGGCCUCCUGCAUGUUACAUAACAUAUACGAAGCUCUUAAAAAUGAAUUUCUUCCUGAUUAGACUGAUGCUGAAGUACUUAUUGAGGAACCAAUACUUCCAAUUGAUGAAACGCCAGCACCAGACGCAGAGCUAAUCCGUGAUGCUUUAGCUGAAUAUUUCACCA